AUGACUCUCCUGACUGCACUUGACUUCCUGCACCACCUCCCGACUCUCCUCCCACUCCCCCAACUGCCACCCUCGACGUCCUCAGAAGGCAAUCCCGCCAUCGUGCCCACAUUUUAUGGAUCUUCCCCCGAGGGAGGCUUCGUCAUGGACACGCAUCCCCUCAAACUGUACUUGACGCUCAUACAGACGGCCCAGGACAAAACGACCUCUAUGGUUCGACUCUGCGGUAGGGAUGGUGUGUUGGAAUGUUUCAGCGUGCAGGAGAGUGAGCUCCCGAUGGGUUCAUACGACGUACCGGGAAUUCACAUGGGAAGCUGGGAUACGGACGACGCCUCCUCCCAUCCGUCACUCUCUUUGCGCAGAGCCAUACUUUUGCUCCUGGAGCAAGCCUAUCCAGCACAACUAGAACCUGCCCAAGAUGCCUUUUACUUGCCACUCGACUAG